AUGGGAAUCACUGUUGGUAGAAAGUGCAGGUUUUAUGGGGUUCCCCUUUGCCAUUUUGAUCUAGAUGACAUCAUAAAACGCCACAGGAAAGAGCAAACAGAUGCCAGCACCACAGGGGACAGGCGAAGGCAGCAGGUCAAGAACAGGAAUUCGGCGUAUGGGUACGGGCGGCCCCGUUUCCGCGCCUGGAUGCAGAGGAAUUUGCAAGGACCUAACCGUUUUAGAAGAGGGUUUGGACAACAACAAUACAAUCGGAGACAAUUCAGGAAUACUGUGCCUGGUCCCAGGAGAAGAGCAGCUGCCGCAUUAAAUGGAGUGAGCCCUUUAAAUCGCCAGGCAUCGGCUCAAGAGGGCAACAAGAACAACGAUGCUUUUGCCAAAAGCAGCAGCAGCGGGCAGCCGGAGGGACGGCGACGGCCACCCCCAGGCCCCAAGAGAUUCAGAGCAGCUGCUGCCAGCACCCACGCCCCGGGGAGAAGGCCUUUCCGGCUAAACAGGGGACCAGCCUUCCAGCAGAAGCGGAUGCAGCAGCGGUUCUCCAAAGCCAACUUUCAGAGAGGGCAGAUGGAUGCUAAUGGAGAAGGGAAACCACCAAGGAUGAGAAGGUGGCAAGUGAAACCCAGCCCUGGAGCAGUUCUGACGGUUUCUGUGGCUAAUCCCCAGGCGGGCCAGACCGGAGCGCCUGGAUCCAAGCGCCCGUUCCUGCGAAGCCAGAGGCCCCCGCCGCGGGCGGCCAAGCCCCAGCCCAAAGGGGUGCUGCUGAGAUUCAACUUCCGCGCAAUGGCCAACCAGACCAGCCUGACGCUGGAUGAGAGGUUCUCUGGUCUGAGGAAUAAGAGGCGCUUUGCAGCAGCCAGGAGUGCCGGACGGACGGUCACCAUGCCUUAG